CUGGAACUGGCACUUAAACUUGAGGCAGAGGGGCGGGAGGGGAAGCUGUACCUACUGGACAGUUCUCCAGAUUUCAUGAAGAUGCUGGUGGAAAAAACUGUUGGCAGGAAUGAGGAUCAGUUUCAGAUCAAUGUCAUAUGCAAUAUAUUCAGAAUUGUUUCACCACGUAAUGCCACAUCAGCAGCCAUCACUAAGUUGGUUCAGGAGAUCACACCUCUGAUAAGCUGGGACGAGAAGUUAGAUCAUGUCAUCAGUAAAUUUCCUGUGUUGAGAAACAGUGCAGAGUACUACAAAGCUGCUAGUUUGUGUGUCUUGGAUCGACUUAAAACCAUUUCAAACUAUGAGUGGGACUACACGAAAAAGGUCAGGGCUGAAACCACCCUUCUGAGGCCUGUUGCAAUGCCAGUGAAAUCAUCGGAUGAUUAUGGACUCUCAAAGUGUUGUGAAAAAAAGGCAGAGGUAUAUUUUGUGGACGGCAACCACUUGACAAUGCUGGACAGCGAGGAUGCUGCCGCCAUUAUCAACAGGCAGAUUACAAAUAAUGAAGCCCUUUAAUUGAGAGAAAUCCGUAAUGAGCAAAACAUUUAUUAUUAAAGUAAUUUAUAUCCACAACAGCCCAUGUAGAUUCUCACUUAUUUUGCCAACAAAAAUGCUUUCAGUUUGAUUGUUAAUGUAGUGUGGCUGCUUGUCAUGUGCCUUGUGACCGGAUUAAUAGAUUUAUUUUUCUAUAUGCAUAACAUUUUGAGCCAGCGUAGCUCAGUCAGUAUAAUGACUGGGUACGGACUGGACUACUGGGAUUUGAUCUCUGAUGGGGGCAGAGGAUUUUUCCUCUAGCCUCUGCAUCCAGACCAGCUCUGGGGUCCACCCAGCCUCCUAUACAAGGGGUACCGGGGUCCUUUCCCAGGGGGAAAGCGCGGCCGGGGCGUGAUGCUGACCACUCACUCCUAUCUAGUGCUGAGGUCAUGAAUGAGUAUUAGCUAUAGUUCUCUCCCCCCAAAUGCCUACAAGGCAUAUAGUAGGACAGCUUUAAUUUUACUUUACUUUGAAUAACAUUAUUUGUCACUGCUCUUCCACAGUUUUUCUUAAAACUUUUCUCACUUCAGAAAGAA